AUGUCGUCGCACCUUGAAAGACUACAGUCAGGUUUCAGGAGCGACGUUAAAUCAUCUGCGUCUAAAGUGGCAGUAAAGCGUUCCGCUCCGCAACCUCCGAAAGCUACAACUACAACUUCAAACACAACAAAGAGUGAAAAUAAAGAUAGUAAAAGGAAAAAAGAACCAGCAAACAUUGUAUAUUCUCAGCCAGCAGCGACUGGAUACGGGACGGAGGCCUUCACUCAAGUCACAUACGUCAUCGAAUUCCUAAAGAAGAAGGAUGAGCGAAAGACCUUUCAGGAAAUCUUACAGUAUUUGAGUCAAGUGAAUACGGAUGAGCUCAAGAAAAAGCUUAUUGCCAAGAUAUUACGACAGCAUGAUCGAGUAAGGUGGAUUCCAGACCCGAAACUCAAAGCGCAGAGUUGGGAUUCGGGCUUCUUUGAACAUCGACCGAUUAUUCAGGUUAAAAAUGAGAUUGAUCUCAUAACUUAUCUACAAAAAAAGACUACUGCGCAGGGUGUUUCAGUGAAGGAUCUUAAGGAUGGCUGGCCUGAUUGCGACGUUGCUAUCGAUAAGUUGGAGAAGGAACAUCGGAUACUCGUAACCCGUACAAAAAAAGACAACCAUGCCCGCAUGGUUUGGAGUAACGAUCCGACCCUAUUGUACGAGAUUGACCCAGAGUUUCAGGUCAUGUGGCACAAGAUUGAACUACCCAGCGUCGAUGAACUUGUUCGGAAGCUUCUCGAAGCCGGGCAGAAGCCAGCGAGCGAAGACCCUAGCAAACGAGUGAAACUGGCGCCUAAGCCGAAAGAGAAGAAGAAGAGAGCGCCUAGAAGUGGCGGUAAAACUACUAACACACACAUGGCACACUUGCUCAAGGAUUUCUCACACCUCAAGCGCUAG